GCGACUUGGUGCUUGGGCGAGGCACCCGUGAACCCACAUCGACCUGGUCGAUUUCGAACCCGUUGCUCAGCCAAUCCCCACCCCAACACUGAACCCAUGCUUCUGCACGGGUAACUAUUUCCAAUCCAACGCGUCCAAGGCCAUGGAGUCGCCUCCAGCAUCCCCAGACCACGGCGACGAGGCCUUCGACCACGCCCACCCCUUUGCAGGCGUCGUUGUCUGCUGCACGAGCAUUCCCACCGACCUGCGUGCAUUAAUAGCAAGGAAGACGGAGGAGCUCGGCGGCACCCACAAGUACGACCUGACCCCCGACGUCACCCACCUCAUCGUCGGCGAGUAUGACACCCCCAAGUACAGACAUGUCGCCAAGGAACGCCCCGAUAUCAAGGCCAUGGCCAUGGGCUGGGUCGAUGCCGUGCGGAACCUCUGGGUCAAGGACGAGCAGAUCAACUUCAGAGCCGUCGAGAAGGAAUGGUGUCUGAAGGCAUUCGAGACGGGAGGCGGUGCGCUGGACGACAACCAAGAGGCCGGGCCCAGGAACUCGCUGAUCUGCUGCCUGACGGGCUUCGACGACCAAGACGAGCGCCAGCGGAUAAUCGACAUGAUCAAGUCACACGGCGGCAGAUACACAGGCGACCUCAGCAAGCUGGUCACGCACCUGGUCGCCCGCCGCCCAGAAGGGAAGAAGUACCUCGCCGCUAGGAACUGGGGCCUGCACGUCGUGGACAUCAACUGGGUAUACGAAUCCGUCGGGCGCGGCAUGAUCCUCGACGAGAAGUGCUUCGACCCCGUGCUCCCCGAGGAAGAGCGCGGCUUCGGCGCGUGGAACAAGCAUGCGAGCGCGGCCCGUCGCAUUUCCCUCGGCAAGCGGCAGAGAGAGGCGGCGGCGAAGCAGGAGCAAGGACGGCGCAAGCUGAGGAAGACGGCGAGCAUGAAGCUCAACAGCCAGAGGGACAACAUGUGGGGCGAGAUCCUGGGCCAGCCUUCCGUCGAGCAGUCCGCCUCUCACCAGACCGAGGAGCCCACCCAGCCGCUGCCGAGCGGCUCGGUCCUGCGAUCUAACGCGUCCGUGUCGCGCGUGAGCGAGUCGGUUGAUAUGAGCCGCUCGCACUCAUCGAUCGGCAACACCGACAACAGGGGCGAUAUGACGUUUGCCUCAUGCUGUCUGUUCGCCACGGGGUUCCCGCCACGGCAGACUGACGUUCUCAUCAACGCAGUCUUAUCGUUGGGGGGCAUGGUGGUUGGGUCCUUGGCAGAGAUCACCAAGCCGGAGGGGAUGAUCCGUCGCUUUGUCAUAGUGCCCCAGAGCGCCGAUCACAAGUCCGUUCCACUGGUACCAGAUGGUGCGGAACUCAUCACAGAGUGUUUCAUUGAGAGGUGUCUACACAGGAAGGCCUUGUUGGAUCCAAGAGACCAUGUCAUUGGCAGGCCGUUCCCAGUCUUCCCAAUCCAGGGCUUUGAGAAGCUCUCCAUAUGCACUGCUGGCUUUACCGACAUCGAUCUCCUGCAAGUCGACAAGACGAUCCGCCUGCUGGGGGCACGCUUUGAGGAGCGGUUCACUGCCGAGGUCUCCCUGCUGCUGUGCGUGUCGUUGGGUGCCGUCCGGAAACAGAAGCUUGACCUAGCUCUGCUCUGGAAAGUCCCCAUCGUCAAGGCCGAGUGGCUCUGGGCGUGCGUAUCACAGGGCAGGAGGCUCUCGACCAAGCCUUUCACGUUUCCCGAGCUGAAAGAAAGGGCCACUACGACGGAGAAGGCUCCAAUAUCGAAACCACUAAGUAGAUCCAAGUCAACUUCUGAUGUGUCCUACAAGAAGUUGACUCCAAAGUCACUACCAGAACGGACCGAGAAGCCAGGUAGGACCAGCCUCCCGGGCCCAGACAUGUCAGCCUUUGACCCCACGCCCCUCGUGUCCACCGAGCCCCCUCUAUCUCGUGCCAAACCGCCAUCAAGGCGGGAGUCCGACGCCGCCACGGUGUUUGAGACUGCCCCUACACACCAGCCCAGGGACCAGCCAGCGCCCGAGCGGGCCGAGGCACGCCCAGGCCCCAGAAACGAAUCCCGCCCACUAGGCGAGAAGUCGGCAAGCGAGCUGAACAGGCCAUCGGCCAGAGACGCCCCUCAGUCCCCAGCGCGCAAGCCCCUGGCACGCGUGCGCAGCGAGGUGUGCGACUCAGAGGCGGGCGACGACGACGACGACGACGACGACGACGACGACGACAACACAACCCCGAAACCAGACUGCCCAACAGAAGCAGGCAAUGAGGCAGAAGCAGAGGCGGCGGCGGCGGCCGAGGAGCAAAGGAUACGGCGCGAGAAGGCAGAGGAGGAGGAGGCGGAGCGCCUGGCCCUCUCGUCACGACUGACCUCGCUCCUCGGCGGCGGCGCACCACCCGCCAACCCCGGCGCGGCGGCGGCGGCGGCAGCGGGAGCGGCCGCCGAGAACACCACCAGCAGCAAAAACGACGACAACAGCGAUCCCGCAGCCGCGGGCGGCGGCGGCAACGACGACGCGAGGCCGGCUUCCAGGCGGAAGCGGCGCGACGUCAUAGGCCGGGCGAUAAGCAACGCCUCGGUCGCGUCGACCGACUCGUCCGGCGGCGGCGGCGGCCACGCGCUGGGCAGGUCCGCGGCGACCAUCGGCGGGGAGGGCUCGUCGCAGGAGGAGGGCGGCGGCGGCGGCCCUGCUUCUGAUGCUGCUGUGGCGGUGGCGGCGGCGCCCAGCACGCAGGUCGAGUAUGACGACCCGCAGGCCAAGAUCAGCAAGGCGGAGCUCGUUAGCAAGAUGCUCCGGGGCGAGACGGGCGCGGGUGCGGGCGGGAGUGGUAAGGUGGUGAGGCCGAAGCCUGCGCCGGCGCCGGCGGGGCGGGCUUAUGGGGGUGGGAGGAGCAUGCGGCCGAGGUGAGGUGGGGGUGACGGACGCCUCGUUCCGGGAUGGUUGGUUGGUCGGUCGGGAUGUACUAGAUACUCCUCUUUUUUCUUUUGCUGCUCCCAUGGCUUAUCAUCUUGGUCUGGCCCCAUAUCGACGACGACGACGGCGACGACGACGAUGAUGAUGUUUCUUGUAUGUUUGAUGGGGGAGGCACCUGCAUACCACUUGGCUAAUUCUUGUUUCAUGGAGUCUGGUGUACGCCUGGCUGGCUGGCUGGCUGGGCCGGGCUAGAGGUAUCUAUCUAGUCUGGGGAUACAUAGCCGGUAAUGAUGAACAUCCUUGAAUGAUA